AUGGACAUCAAUUCAUUGCUGUCCCCGGACUCGAAUCCUCACCCCGGACAUUCGACGCCCGUGCCCGGUGUCACGUCAAAUAACGCACCGACUUCGACUGCAGGGCCAUCCCCCCACAAGGCACUUCAGCGGACGCGCUCCGGUUCUACUCGCAAAGGCAAGACCUCUUCGCCUUUAGCCCAGCAGAUCUACGCCCCCACUGGGCCUGCCAUCUCGGAAUCUCCACCUACGGCAGGUAGCCAGUCCGUUGGUUCCAACCCGAAUGCCAGAAACGGUUCACCUGCGACCGACCGGGCGUCUUCCACCAAGCCCUCGACCCCCGGCAUGGACACCUUGGCCGACCUAGCUGCAAUGCAACACCACCAGCCACAGCGACAAAAUGCGCAAAGCAUGCUGCGGGGUACCGAGUCAUACGAGCAUCAGUUAUCUCCCUCCACCAUCCACCCUCACGUGAAUACUAUCAAUCACAAUACUCCCAUCCCUCGCACCUCCUUUGAUAUUGCCAUGUCUGAAGGUCCUCGGGAAAGUGCGCGGAGGAACUAUGCCGACACAUCCUUGGACCCGGACGCUCAGCGGUUGGCAACGGAUCUGUUCAAUCAGAUUCAAGAGAACCCCCACACGUAUGAUGCGCAUGUCAAGUUCAUUGGUAUCUUGCAUGGCGGCUUUGUGAAUCAUGUCUACCCACCCAACAAUCCAGAACUCCAUGGUGACCCCCGGCGAUACGAUUUACUCAAGGACAUGCGGAUAGCUCGAGAGGAAAUGGACAAGCUUUUCGCCAUGGGCGAGAAUCUCUGGGCUGAGUGGAUUCAAGAUGAGAGUAUGCUGACCAACUCGGCGGCAGAUCGCGAUGCGGUUGUAAAUUUGUGCAGGCGCUCAGUCAUUGAAGAAUUUGGUAGCACUCACCUAUGGCAUAUUUAUGGUGAAUGGGUCUUGUACCUCUACAAAUCUGCAGUCGGGGAAACCGGUGGAGCUGGCCAAUGGACAGAGGAAGAUCGCCGAAGGUUCACUUGGCAAUUAGUUCUCGAUGUGUGGAAGGACGCUGCUGAAUCGACCCGGUGGAGAAUCAACAAUAGUCAUUUGGUAUGGGAUCGGUACCUUGAUCUUUUGGCCCAGGAUAUUUCCCGGUCUCCUUCGCAGGAAAAAAUCAAUCAUCUUCGUGGAUUAUAUGAUGCUCGGCUGCAGACCCCCCAUGCAAAUUGGGAUCAGACCUUCCAGUCAUUCUCUGGAUUCGUCUCCACCUAUUACGAGUCCAACUACGAGACUAUCAUGGCCGAUACUGCCGCCAAAGGCUCUAAAAUGAAGGCCAUCUAUUCCGCUCGAGAAGAAUUUGAACAUCGGUUGAGCCAGGCUGAGGAGUCAGGCGACAAGGCUCACGAAUACGCUGUGUAUACAGAGUAUAUCGACUGGGAGCUAACCAGGAAUCGCCGUCGACGGGAAUUCCAUUUCGAACUUGCCAAUGCUAUUUACCAGCGCGCCGUUCUGCGAUUUCCCACUGACGUCGCUCUAUGGGAGGGCCACGUCAUGUUCCUUCUGGAGGAGUCGAUGCACAAGCAUACAUCUACCAAAACCAUUUCCACCCUUGACCGUGGAACGCGUCACUGCCCAUGGUCUGGCAACCUCUGGUCACAGUACCUCCUCAGCUCGGAACGAGAGGGUCUGUCAUUCUCUACAAUUUCCGAUAUCAAGCACAGAGCUACCGCUACAGGUUUGCUUGAUGCUGGUGGGAUGGAAGAAGUACUCAAGGUUCAUACCACAUGGUGUGCUUACCUACGUCGACGUGCGUUUCUCUCGGACUCCACAGAUGAAGACUUGGAUGUCGCAGAAGUUGGAAUUCGCUCGGCAAUCGAGAGCGUUCAAGAGCUUGGCGAGAAGAAAUAUGGGCGAUCCUACCAGGGAGAUCCUCUAUUCCGUUUGGAACGCAUUUACAUCCGGUACCUCAGCGAGAGUGGUAGCUGGGACAGUGCUCGAGAGACUUUCAAGGGCCUUGUGGCUCGUCGUGGUAACAGCUAUGAGUUUUGGCUCACUUAUUACGCCUGGGAACUUAUCUCUUGGAGCAAGUUUGUCCAAGGCGAGACCACAGUGGAUGCUGCGAGACGGACCCCUACGCCUAGCUAUGCCACUGCAGUUCUGAAGCAAGCCAUGGCGCGAACUGACCUUGACUGGCCCGAAAAGAUCACACAGACCUACCUUGCUCACUGCGAAGACUAUGAAGAUUCGGAUGAGCUCCAGCUUGCUGUUAUCGAAACUCGGAAGGUCAUGCGGGCUGUCAAUGCUCGAAGAGAGAGAGAGGCUCACGAGGCUGCGACGGCACAACAACAGCAGUUGAACGUUGCUGUCGAAGCUGUUACAUCGUCGGAAAAGAGAAAACGGGAGGACGAGACAGAUGCGAAUGGUGAGCCUGAUAGUAAAAAGACCCGCAGUGAGGAGACUGUUCCAGAGGUCAAGGGCGAGCCAGAGCCUACUCGGGAUCGGGAACACGCAACUGUUGUGGUUAAGAAUCUGCCAAAGGACACGUCUGAAGCUCAAGUUCGGAAGUUUUUCCGACAGAUUGGCACGAUAAAUGGUGUCAAGAUGUUCCCUGGAGAGGAUGAGAAUUCAUUGGUUGCGAAGGUCGAGUUCGACACGAAGGAGGACGCUCUCAGCGCUUUAACCCGUGAUCAAAAAACUCUUGGUGAGAACAUCAUUGAUGUCCAGGAUGACUCCGAGUCAACUCUGUUUGUCACCAACUUCCCUCCAACUGCCGAUGAUGAGUUUAUCCACGGUCUCCUUGGCAAGUAUGGUCGCAUUGUGGACGUGCGUUGGCCCUCACUCAAGUUUCAGACCGGUCGACGAUUCUGCUAUGUUCAGUUCGCUUCUUCUGGUGCUGCUCAUGCCGCCACUGAAAUGGAUGGAGCUUCUGUCGAAGGGCUCAGCCUUGUCGCAAAAAUCUCGGACCCGGCGCUGAAGCAGAAGCGUGGCUCACCACGGGAGGAAGGUCGUGAGAUUUUCUGCACCAGCUUGUCUUUCAAGUUAAAGGAGAAGGAUUUGGAAAAAGCUUUUUCGAAAUAUGGCACAGUUGAGAGUGUAACCCUCCCUUCCAAUGACCGUGGCUUGAAAGGCUAUGGCUUUGUGGUGUUUUCUACCAAGGAGGAAGCGACCGCGGCACUUGCAAUGGACGGUGUAAGCCUCAAGUCUCGCCCAAUCCGGGUUCUACCCAGUUCGAAUGAGAAGCGCGUGACCAGCACCGCUGGUUCUCGCGUUGCUUAUUCAGCUUCACCAACCCCGGAGGUCAAUGGUGUCGGUGCCGUGGAGCCAGCUAGCGACCAAUGGGAGCGCACAAUUGCGUUGAUGAAUGUGCCUGACACCAUCAAUGAGGCGCGUGUCCGUGCCUUCGUUGAGCCACUUGGCCGAUUAAUGAAAGUCAUACUCCGACCGAAUCACCAAGGUGCUAUUGUUGAGUUUGCGGAUGUCCACGAUGCUGGCAAGGCCACAUUGGCUCUUGAGGGCAAAGAAAUUCUUCCAGGUCGGCCACUCCACAUUGGUACUGUGAGCGAGAUGAAAACCAUGGAGGCCGAGCAGAAGACUAGCCGGAUCACCUCGCUCAAGAAAGAAAAACCCAAGACCAACCUGCAACCUGCAGGACCGAUUCGGCGCCCCCAGCAACCUGGCCGCGGAGGCCGUCGGGCCGGACUGGGGGUGAAACGAGCUGCACCCAACCCCAGUGAGUUUGACAAGGGCGACAAGAUGGACACCUCAACCGAUGGCAAGACCGGCGAGGGCCCGUCCAAAAAGAGCAAUGAUGAUUUCCGAGCGAUGCUGCAAAACCGCAAGGAGUGA